AUGCGGGAGGUUGGUGUGCCGGACGAGGAUCUGGCGAGGAUUGAGAUCAUGUUGCCGUUUGCGGCGCUGGCGAAUACGGUGCCGAUGCUGUUUUGGUUGGUCUGUCAUGUCUUUUCGAGGAGGGAGCUGGUGGAGAGGUUGAGGAGGGAGGUCCAAGCGGGCAUGGUUGUUAAGCCGCUACAUUCUGAGGGUGGUAAUCAAACUACCAGUGAGGUGGGAGGUGAGGAGGGUGGUGCGGAGGUGGUGGUGAACGUCGCGGCGGCGGUGGUGGAGGAAAAGUGUCCUCUGUUGAUGAGCUGCUACCGCGAGACGCUGAGGAGGACAGUGCAUCAGGUUAGUACGAGGACUGCGGUGCAGGAUACCGUGUUGAUGGAUCGGGAUGGGAGGGAGUAUCUGCUCAAGAAGGGGAGUGUGGUGCAGAUGGUCAUUGGGGCUGGCCAUGGAAUGGAGGAGUACUGGGGGGAAGGUGUGGAUGAAUUUGACCCAGAGCGCUUUCUCAGCCGCAAGGGAGACGGUGAGGACGGGCCGGGCAGUUCCAAGGCUAUGAAGACUGCUUUUCAGCCGUUUGGCGGCGGGAUGCAUCUCUGUCCUGGACGGGCCUUUGCAUUCGCCGAGAUGAUGGCGGUCAUGGCGACGCUGCUGCUCGGAUACGACAUUGAGCCGCUGGAAGGUUCCAUGUGGGAGCUGCCAGCUUUUGCGACGAGGUCCGUCAUCGACGCGGUGACGAAGCCGGCCAACCACGGCGAGGGGUUUGGCCUACGGAUCAGGAGGCGGCUGGGCUGGGAGGGCGUGCGGUGGAAGUACGAGCUGUAA